AUGUCAACUUACUGGAACGUGAGAGGAGUCUUCAACAGCAAAUCGAUUCCUUUUGUGAUAAUGUUUACAGUGGUGCUGGCGUUACCUUUUUAUUUCAACAGGAUUUUUAGGAUAGCCUCUAGAGAACAGGACGUUUCACCAAUGUGCACGGAAGGGAUCCUUGACGGAAUUCAGUACAACAGUGAGCAAACGAACAGAGGUUUUUUAAGUGUAAGACAACGGCAGUCAUGUCGACUUCAUCACUACAAGUUAGAAGAUACCGUGUCGUGUUUAGAUAGGCUAUCCACCAGUAAGAACGACGAUAAUUCCUCGUUGGCGCUGGUGAAGAAUAGACGCCGGAAUAAAUUCCACAUCGCUUUCGUCGGUGAUUCCAGAGUGCGCAUUCUGUACCUCAGUUUCAUCAAAUUGUUUCCGGAUUACGACCGUGAAUCGGACAUCGACCCAACAGCCAGGCACGCGGACGCCGAUGUGAUCAGUUCGUUGUUUGGCGAUUUGAUAGUCAGUUUCCGUUGGCGUCCGCUGAUCGCCGGAAGAGUGGUCGAUGACCUCCACCGAUGGAUUGCUAUACUUCAGGGUCGUGUUGUUGUUCAAGGCCAGAACCAUAACAGCAGUGAUUAUCCGCCUGACGUCCUUCUACUUGGAAUGGCGUCAUGGGACAUUCUGCAGCAAGAAGGAGACGACCAUCUUUGGUAUGAGAAGGGGCUCGAGGAUCUCGUUCCACUUUUCCAGGAAUUUUUUUCCCCCAAUCAAGGCCCAGGCAGUGGAUUUUCCAGUGGCGAUGUUGACACCCGCAAAAUUAUUUGGCUAAACCAAUACACGACUUUUGAUUUCUUUGCCGGCAACGACGGAGCCAACCGCGUCAUAUUCAAAGAGAAGUUGCAACUUUGCAACCGAAUCGCCCACCGAAUCCUGAGGGGCAGUGGUGUAGCAGUAUGGGAUUCGGGUGACGUAAUCGCCGAGGAAGCCGUUCGUGCGUGCAAACUUCAUCAUCGAUUCGAGCGCGUCAAAGAUUUCAUGAGCGUGGCCUACAUCAACUGCAAGGAUUACAUUCACGCCGGUUAUGUGGCGUUGCAGCAGAUGACUCAGUUCCUCUACAAUGACUUGUGCAACAAGGAAUUUGACAUGAAUUGAAUUCAUUGUUUUAAUUAUCGUUUCUUUAUUAUGUGAUGCGACAAUUUCCUGAUGUUUGUUUU